GCGGAAUGCUCAGAAGCGCGGUUAUAUCCCAGCUACUUCAUGAGCUAUACGACUACUCAGCCUAGUGUUUUGCUCUGUCCACGUCCCCUGGCACGAUAUGCUGGCCAACUCUUAUUGGUUUCCUUGUUGCCUCCUCGCCCGCCUCUGAAGCACCUUCCCGGGGAAAUAUGGUCCAAGAUCUUCCAGUUUGUACUAUGGGGAGAUUCGGAUGGAAUCUAUGGGUCAUCACGACAGCCGGGCUCCAUGCGAUUUCUUUUGAUUAGUAAGGGGUUCAAGGAAAUCAUUUUACCCAUACUAUAUUCGCAUGUUACAAUCGCCUCGAUCGGUGCCCUGCAGAAGUUUGUCGCCCACUUGACCGCCUCCGACAAAGCCUGGGAUUCGAUACGGCGGAUUCCGUACUCCACCCCUGGUCGCUGGAUCCACUCAUUGGACCUCGGCUACCUACACUAUGACGGAUCCAGCAUCGAAGACUCUCGGCUUCAUAUCGACAUGCUGCUCACGAGCAUGUGGCCUCUUGUUCCUUUCCUUCGACAAUGCGUGCUCACACCUAUGAUGGGCCUGAGUAGGAGAGCGCUGGAUGCCCUGGCACUGAGUGACAGCGCCGGCCAUCUGAGGUCACUGAAGGGGAUGAAGAUCUCAGAGACCAGCGUGAACAUCAGCACGCUUCAGAGCGACCCGUUGGUCCAGCUGUUGCGAUACUGUCCCGGAAUUGAAGAACUCGAAGUCGUCGGACCGGGGCUAGACACGUCCGACUUCGACUUCUUACUCCCCACUCGGAGCUCAGCUGGUGAAGACGACACGAUACCGUUUUAUCCCCUUCAUCUCCCCGCUCUACGCACCCUCACCUUACUAUCCCUACACUCCGGACCAUUACUCUACGCGCUUUUGCACACUAGACUACCUUCGCUCCGGACACUCACUCUCACGCCUUAUCACGAAGUCGCCUCAUCCUUGGUCACCGCUUUUAUCGCUGCUCACGGACCAUCCCUGACUUCCCUCCUCCUCUAUACACCGAAGGUCUGGCCGACCUCCCUCUGCACCUCACCUCCGGACCUCCUCAUCUCGUGUCCCAACCUUCGACACCUUUCGCUCGAAGCACCACUUCCCGACCUCGUCUUACCACCGAAGCAUCAUCUCCAAGUCCUUUCUCUCCCACGUCCGAAUGGCGUACUACUAGGGAAGCUUGAGGGUGCUAUACAGAACUUUCCGGACCUGCGAGCCGUCAGAGCUCGCGACGUCAAGUGGCUUAGGAAGGGGAUGGCGCUAAGAGCGCAAGAAGCCGGCGUGCAGGGGCAGAUGAGGGAUUGGAUGAGGCGGCUCGUCAGGAAACAGGUCCGAGUGUUGGACUCCGAAUGGAAAGAUGGUAUGCAAUAGGUCGUGUGUUCCGUCCCCUUCUCCCACUUCUCGUUUCAUGUAAUGUCGCCAGUGACUGUGAUUUGACCCUAGCAUCCGUCGAUACCAUCACCACUCCAUAUAUCGUAAUACUGUACCAUAACCUGUACAACGCCCUCUCCA